ACCUAGUACUACUUCUGUUGGAAGCAUAUGCAAUGAGCAGUAACAUGUAAGGAAACCAGCUUAUCCAACAAUUGAAGGUAAAUGCCAGAUGUUCAGCAUGCUGCAUGGAUCUGUCAUUAAAGCCAAGAUCUCUGUUUUUUUAGGGUCCAUUCUCUAUCUAUGUACAACUUCGGUCAAAAGGAAAAAAAAGAAUGUUAGAUCUGUCAAAGCCAAUGAUUUCAAAUUCUCAUACACUCAUUACUUUGCUUAGAUGGAAAGCAUUGGGACUUGGAUCGCAUAUUCUAAAGCUGAAUUUGCUUCUGCCCCAAAAAAAGCAUUUAGGUUUGCCUUGCAGUAGUACUACUACUAGUUCAAACAACAAACUGACUCAAAACCCAAGACAGUGACACUUACUUUAAUGUUUCUUCCUACUUUAAUUGAGCUUCUAUUUUGAUUAACAUAAUUAUAAAUAGCCCUCCAUCUCUGUGUCAUUAGAUAAACCUUCAUAUCAAUUGUUUUUGAACCAUUCUGUCUCCCUUUGUCCUGCUCUUCUAUAAACCAUAACUCGCAUAAUCUCAUCUCAGCAGUAUUAAUGGAGAUUGUUGAAUUAAAAGUGGAGAUGGUUUGUAUACAUGAAAAAAGACUAAGGAAGUGUCUCUCAAAAUUAAAAGGAAUAGAGAAAGUGGAAGUGGAUACUAAUUGUCAGAAGGUAGUAGUAACUGGAUACACACACAAAAACAAAAUCCUAAAAGCAGUCAGAAGAGGGGGUCUCAAGGCUGAUUUUUGGUCUCCUCAGAAUGAGUUGCUUAAUGCUUAUGUCAGUGCCAAUUAUGCCAGAUUUAGAUUCAACCCCUUUAGUUUCUUCUAGUUUUUCUCAUCACCAACCCCACCAAGGCCUUUUUGUGUUUGGUUUUUUCCAUGUUUCUGUAUCUUCUGCCUAGUGUGAGGUGAUAGAUAUAUACACUAGCAUUAUAUUCAUUAGCUUUGCUAUUUCCAUAGAAAUCAUAUCAACAAUCAGAAAAGUUCACAAUGAGGAUAUCUCAGAUACAUAUAAUAGAAUAAAGACAUCUCUU